AUGCUAGGCCGUGUUAGUGUAUUGAGAUAUCGAAUGGCGGCCCCCGCCGAGCUCGCUGCGAUGGAUCCAGGCGUUUUGGAUGACAUCGAUGCGAUGGUGAAGGAUCAGGAGCGAGUGGUGAGUACAGCGGCUAGAUUAGAGUCAUUCUCUCCUAAUGGCUGCGAUCGAGAAGGAGAGGAAGCCUUUCCUCCAACCCUUCCUGUUCCCGCUCUUCCUCCGUCACCACUUUUCCGCCACCACUUUUCCGCCACCGCUUUUCCGCCAUCACUUUUCCGCCAUCACUUUUCCGCCACCCUCCUGUCCGCCUCUCUCCCUCCACCUCCGCUUUCCGCCACUCUCCCCCCCGCCACCCCCUUGUCCGCCAUUCUCUCGUCCCCGCUCCCCUCCGCCAGCCUCUCCUUCCUGUCGUCAUUCCCCACCUCUGGUUACUGGGAGCAGCACAAGGAGGAGGUGACAGCUGUUUGGGUCGUGUCGGGAUGGGUUAGUAAUGGAGAUGGGGUGAAAGUGAAAGCAGCAGAAGGAGCGACAGUGACAGCAGCAGGAGCGGAAGCAGAGAGGGCCGCAGGAGAGCAGCAGAUGGUGAAGGAGUUUCGCAUGCGGCUGGUGCCCUCUGCCCUCCUCGCCGGUAAUCCCUGUCCCCUGGUUGCUUGUUCUGAGUGCCGUCCGGCCCCCACCCAUCCAUCACAUCACUGCCGCCUCCCCCUGUCCCCCACCGCCGUGUGUUCUCCCCCCCCCCCUCCCCCCUGCAGUCUGAGUGCCGUCCAGCCCCAACCCAUCUGCCUGGAAACGCUUUCCAAGCGGCCCCACCCGUCCGCACACAUCACUGCUGCCUCUCCCAUCAUUUUUUUCCCCCACCGUCUGUGUUCUCUCCCUCUCCUCCUUUGCAGCCUGAGUGCCGUCAAGCCCCCACCCAUCUGCCUGGAUAUCCUGUCCAAGCGGCCCCACCCGUCCGCACACAUCACCGCUGCCUCCCCCGUGCCCUCGCGUUCUCCUGCUGCUGCUUCUCCCCCUGCUGCUGCUGGUGCUGGUGGUGCUGGUGCUGCUGCUGCUGCUGCUGGUGGUGCUGGUGGUGCUCCUGGUGCCGCCAAGAAAGAUCAGCACGGGCAGCAUCCGAAAGCAGAGGCGAGUCACUUGGGAAUCAGGCAGGAGAGGGAAGGAAGGAAGCAGCCAGGGCAACAAGAGGGGCAUGCGAAGCAGGCAGAGCUCGUGGGGUCUGUGAAGCAAGGGGCUGCAGGACUAGACGAGUCAGGAAAUACAGAUGUGAAGAGAUUGAAGGACAACAAGGGGAAGAAGAACACACUCAUGGGCAUGUGGAAGAAAUCAAAGCCCCAGAGCGAAGUGAAGGUAGAAAAGGGUGGAGAAGCUAAAGCAGUUGAAGAAGCUCCGUUUGGUGAGAUGAAGAAGGCUGAUAGAGUGCAAGGGCAGCGGAAGGGUGUGAAGGAGGAGGUGGUUGUUGGUGGUGGCAACGGUACUGCUAUCCUUGGUGUUGGUGGUGCUGCCAAUGCCAAUGGUGGUGGUGGUGGUGAUGAUGAUGAUGAGGAGGAGGGAGUGGGGUUCUUGAGAGGGGCCGGUGGGCGGUUGGGAAGGCAGGGUGCAAAGAAGAAACGGCGAUUCGCAGUGGAGGAUGAGGAGGACGAGGAGGAGGAGGAAGAGGGGAAAGGGGGAAGGGAGGGGGAGGAGGAGGGUAAGGAGGAGGGGAAUGAGAAGAGGAAAGAGGAGGGGAAGGAGGCGGAUGAGGUGAGGAUGGGAAAAGAGGUGGCAGAGGAAAUGAACAUUGGGGCCGUGGAUGAAGGACAUGAAAUUGCAGAGGUGGAAAAGGAUGUGAGGGAGGGGAAGGAGGGAGAUGGAGAGGUGGGAGGAGAGGGAGUGAAUGGAGAUGAGGGAAGGGAGGGAGAAACACUUGUGAAAGAAGAGGCUGAAAUGAGCCAACAGGAUGAAGAGGAGGGAGGGAAAGCGGUUGAUGAUGAUGAGCGGGAUGAUGGGCAAAACGGAAGAUGUAGGCCUGAUGAACUGAAAGGAGGAGGGCGGAGUGGCAAGAAGGUUAAGAUUGAACACGAGGGUGCGGAGGGAGCAGCCUUUGGAGCUGAUUCUAUCCGUUUGAUGAAGAAGGGGCGGAGAGGAGAUGAGGCGAGGGGCCAGGAAGAGGUGGUUGAGAGAGGCGAGGAAGUGAAGGGAGGAGGAGGAGGAGGGCGAGACGAACGGAGAAAGGCUGUUGUAAGUGAGGCUGGUGUGGGGAAACAGGAUGGGCCUGAAGGGGCGAUCACUACUGAGGAGGGGAAGGGAGAGAAGGGGGUGAAGGUGAAGCGAGAGCACGAAGCAGCAGAGGGAGGAGCUUUUGGUGCGGACUCAAUUCGGCUGAUGAAGAAAGGGCGGAAAGGAUGUGCUGAAAAGGAUGAGGAGAAGAAAGAGCAGCGGAGACUAAGUGGAGCUCUGAAGGGGAAGAAGGAGGAAGAGGAGGAGGAAGAGGGAGAGGGGGACGCGUCAGAAGGGGAGGAAAAGAAAGAGAAGGAGGUGAAAGAGGAGGACGAGAUGGCAGAGGUGGAGUGUGCAGUGAGGCUUACACCGAAAGGGGCUGGUGGGAUGAAGGGGAGGAGUGGAGGGGAGAGACGGAUGGUGGAGGUGGACGAGUUUGGGAAUGAAGUGGUGGCAGCAGCCGUGGACCGUGCAGGGGAGGGGGAAGGGAAAAGUGAAGGGGACAUUGAUACGGAUGGAGGAGCGAUGGAGACAGGGGAGCAUUGCAACACACCAGAGGAGCCUGUGCCGAAGCAGAGCACCAGCGAUGCUGGGGAAGGGAGGGGGGGAGGGGAUGUCAAUAGGGAUGGGGGAAUGGGGGGAGGGGAGCCUCGCAGCACACUAGAGGAGCCCGAUGCGCUGAAGCAGAGGUCAAGCCGCGGACCGUCCGAUUUGAUUCAGCAGCCGGGCGGGGGAGACGCGGGGGCGGUCGGAACGGGGGGAGGCGGAAUGGGGGAGGCGCGGGAGGCGGAGAUGCGGAGGGAGAAGGAGGAGGCGAACCUGGGCGUGGGGGGGAAGGGGGAAAGGGGAGGGGGGGGGGAGCUAAGGGAGGUCGGGGAAGAAUGCGCGGAUGGAUGCUCUCCCCCAUGCACGCCGCUGCACAGCAUGGGCUGGGGGGUGAGUUGGGGGAGGGGAGGUGGGAGGGGAGGAGGGGGAGUGAGGAAGUUGGGGAAGCGACCAGGAGAGGGAAGAGGAGGGAAGGGGGGGGGAGAGAGGGAAGAGGGGGGAAGUGGGGGGGGAGAGAGGGAAGAGGGGGGAAGGGGGGAGGUGGGUCAGAAGGACGGGAGAGGAAAGGGGAGGAGCCGUGCCAAGUCAUGUGUUGACGUGCAUGUGGGCACGAUAGGCCCGGGGAAGGUGCGAGGAAACCACCGCCACCACACCAAGAGCGAGUCCUUUCUCAUCUGGGGGGCCGACGCUCGCAUCCGGAUUGAGAACCCGUCGUUGCCAGCCGGAUAUGCCGAGGUGAUGCUGGAUGCUGCUGACGUGGCAGUCUUCACAGGGCCAGCUGGCAGGGCACACGCGCUGGAGAAUGUGGACAAGCAAGGCCGUACGCUCAUUUUGUCUGCAUGUGCGGAUACAGAGUGGGAUCCUGCCCACCCCGACACAGACUAUCACAUCUGGAAGGACAUGUGA